UUACAUGCAUCCUCUGUAAAUGUUGCUAUUUUUCUCCACAUUGUUUCUAGUGUUAAUGUUGUCUGGAGGCAAGGAUCAUUGCAUUAAACCAACAUGUGUAAUUAAGCUCUCUUUCCCUCCCCACAGAAACUCUUCUUGCCUUCCUGUCUCUCUCCUUCUUGCAUGAUCAUCUGUGUAGUUCUCCUGGCCAGAAACUUGGGUGAAGUGUUUGCAGGGCCUUCCUUCCUUCCUUUGGUCCUGCUAACUGAGACUUCUUAAUUGUUGUUACGUGCAUUUCAAGAACUCCCUGGUGAGCUUGGCACUGAAUGAGCUAGAAGGCCCUCUGAAUCAGUUUUCACUUUCUGCUCCAGGCAGUCAAGUCCUACAUCUUGUGGUGCUGCACGCAAACCAUCCCUCCUAGAGCACACAGAUACAAGGGCUGCUUCCUUUGGACCCUGGCACUGCCGGCUCUCAUAGGAACCCAGUGAAGUGGCUGCCCUCACCCUUUUGGAAAUGCCAUACCCACUUGGCGGGCAGCAGCCCUAACAGCCCGCUGGACUGGCAGCUCUCUCUGUGGCACCUGCUUUGUGUAUGAGUCAGCCCAGUGCCUGCCAUGCCUGAACUGGAGCAGCUGGGAGCACCCAGACCCCCUGCCAAUCCUGGCCAAAUCCAGAGGAACAUCCUGGAGGAGCAUGUGGAGCUGUGGUGGUUCCAGGAGCCCAGAAAGUCAUUUGUUUGCUAUGGGGUAGCCGUAGCGCUGAUCUUGGCUUGUGGGGUGGGUGGCAUCGCCUUGCUCUAUAGUACCAGCAGCCGUUCUGGAGAAUGGAGGCUUGCAGUGGGCACAACGCUCUGCCUGCUGGCACUCAUGGUCCUCCUGAAGCAGCUGCUGAGCUCCGCCAUCCAGGACAUGAACUGCAUUCGCAGCCGAGAGCAGGUGGAGCUGCUGAAGAGUGGCGGCGCCUCAGACUGUGCUGUGCUGCUGCUGACGGCCCUAGUGCUGUUGGUGUGUGGUACAGUCCUCACUGUGCUUUCUAGCACCACCAGCGCUGGCACCAACCCUACUACUCCACGCCCCCUUGCCAGCAUGUUUAUCAGUGGCAUUGUGCUCACUGCCUCUGGAGCCAUCAUUCUGCUCAGCCUGCUGCUGUACUUGAUGUGGGCCUCCUGCUGUCCAGCUGCAUCUCGGACUCGAGGCACUGGUAAUAACCGUGCCCUCUUCACAAUAUCAGGACGCAUCUCCAGCUCAGCCAGUGAGCAGCUUCCUCCUACCUCCAGCAUGGCCAAUCUCAUUUAACCUCCCAGGAAUGGCUAGCAGUCACUGCCCCUGAGCUAAGGCAGACGAGAACUGGGACGUAGAAUUGGCAUUUGCACUUUACUUCACGCUGACCAGCCUGAAUCAAAAGUUGUUUUCCGAGUCAAACUCGGAAACGUGAUGGGAUUUCACUGUAGAGUUGUGCUGCUAAGACUGCAGCCCAGGCUUGUUGACUAGACGCUGCAAUUCACAAAGCAGUUCUGAUGGGAGUGCAUUGUGUGGAUGCAGGGAAAAUAGCCAUCAUUCCCAAGGAAUGGCUUCUGACACAAUAAUACCUCCCAAGGGACAAGAAGUGCUGAACUUGGAGGGGUGGCGAGUGUGUGGUCAUCAUCAGUUUAAUUAAAUCCAGCUCAGCCCCCAAUUCUGGCUUCUGUGGUUUCACCAGACAUCCUCCCAUAUACUCACAGCUGUCUUUGCAGUCAGAACCUAGACUUUCAAAAGCUGAAAUUGGUCAGACACUAAAACUCCUAAAAUGGGUCUUGAAGGGAGAUCAUUGUGUGGAGGACUAUGCACUGUGUGAAUUCAGGUAUUUAAUUCUAUGUUCAACAUAUUUGGAUUGUGGCAUGUGUGGUUGCCAAAAUUAUGGAAUGCACUGAUCUGCUCCAACCACUCUUCUUAUUGUGUGGGGAAAGGGCAUUGAGAAGUAGAAUGUGUGGCUUCCUGGUCAAAACAUUGAGGGUGUUUGCAAAUGACACACUCUGCCCCUGGCACUUGACCAUGAGGAGUGGAUAUAGGUGUAACAUUUCUUGAGCUGAAUGGCCCUAAGUGCAUGGGGUUCUACAUCAGCAUCUACAGACAUCUACAUCAGCAGCAAGACUGCAUGUGCAUGAAGGACAAGCACUGAUUUUGUGUUAUUAGAUUAUGAUUGGUGUGUAUCUAUAACAAUUAGAGCUGCUAUAGAGGGGCCUAGCUCAUUAAACUGAAUUUACCUUG